CUACUUUAGACUUUUUCAUGGUUAUCAAUCUGUGCAAAGAAUCACCAAACUGAUAAAGCAGGAACCAAAGGGCAAAUCACGCUGCCAAGACAACUGUGUAAUUCGCUCGAAAAAGAAACGAAGACAAUGUAUAUAAAAAUAUGCAAGAAUCACAGGAAACCCACAUAUCCAACCACCUAGAUGAAGUUGUUGCUGCUGUUAGCAUCACUCAUAGAAAGAAGUUCCAAAACAAGCUGCCUCAGACAGCACUAUUCCAGCCUCCUCGAGAGAAACUCCACCUCUGUGAAGAGAAAGCAAAGUCCUAUUCCAACAGUCAUGAAUACAAACAGGCCGUCCACGAGCUUGUGCGUUGCGUAGCACUGACAAGAAUUUGCUAUGGAGACUCACACUGGAAACUAGCAGAGGCACAUGUUAAUCUGGCUCAAGGCUACCUCCAGCUGAAAGGACUGUCACUGCAAGCGAAACAACAUGCAGAAAAAGCCAGACAAAUCCUCGCCAACUCCAUUGUGCCUCCCUAUAACGAGAAUACAGAUGUUUUCAAGUUUUCCAUUGAGCUUUUCCAUACCAUGGGCAGAGCUUUACUCUCCCUUCAAAAAUUUAAGGAAGCUUCAGAGAAUUUGACAAAAGCAGAGAGACUUUCAAAGGAGCUGCUACAAUGUGGAAGGAUUAUAAAGGAAGAAUGGAUAGAAAUUGAAGCACGGAUCAGAUUAUCAUUUGCACAGGUAUAUCAAGGUCAGAAGAAAUCAAAAGAAGCUUUGUCCCACUAUCAAGCAGCUUUGAAAUAUGUUGAGAUCAGUAAAGGUGAAAAAAGUCAUGAGUGUGUACCCAUAUUGAGAGAAUUAGCAAUUGUAGAGCAAGCCCUGGGACUCCACGAUGUAUCCAUCAACCACUUCCUCCAGGCACAUCUCAUCAUCCUGAGUAGAAGCCCCUCUCAAGUGGAGGCAGCAGACUCCGCACACAUCGUCGCCCACGCUGCUGUCGCUUCAGGGAGACACGAGCACCAUGAUGUAGCUGAGCAGUAUUUUCAAGAGAGCAUGGCUCGUCUUAAGGAUUCUGAAGGGAUGGGAAGAACCAAAUUUCUUUCAAUUCAAGAUGAAUUUUGCCAUUUUCUACAAAUGACUGGACAAAAAGAGAGAGCAACCUCGAUCCUGAGAGAGUCCCUGGAAGCCAAAGUGGAAGCAUUUGGCGAUUUCAGUCCCGAGGUGGCAGAGACAUACCGGCUCCUGGGAGGAGCAGACCUGGCACAGGGGAACCACAGUGGGGCCCACAAGAAACUGAAGAAGGCUAUAGCAAGGGCCACAUUUAAAAACAGAAACUGGAGCCCAUCAUCUGAUCCCUCAGAACAUCCAAAUCAAAGGUCAGUCACUAGGAGAAACCCCAGGAACGUGCUAAUUCCAUCACAGCAGGGCCUAAGAAUGAGGUCAUCUUUCUCUCGUUCAAGGGAGACCUUAUUUUCCUGCUCUCAGCGACAUUUCCGUAGCCUCAUGAUAGUUGCUUGGUGUUCUACAGUGUCUCCAGAUCCAGACCCUCUUAUAUGGACCGCAGGACAAAAGGACUCUGGCCACCCAGCAGGCCAUGGGCAUCUUGUCCACGGCCCCCAAGGUUGCUUCGAAGCCAAGGCAGGCAUCGAAAGCCAAAGUGGCCUUCUGCACCAGCAUCCCUCAGGACACUCUGCUGGGGAAGGCCCAGCCCGGCACAACAGCAGACUGAGGCCCCCACCCUGAAAAAGCCUAGGACAUUCCUGGGCACUGUCAUUUAGGGUGCUGUACAAAUCGUCUCCGCCUAGAAAAUGGAAUUCAACAGUCAGGAUAGAUUUCCAAGGCCAACUGUUGGCCCCAACAUGCAUCAGUGAGACCGUAAGCCUCCCGUGGGCCACAUUUUGACAGUGGAUGCCCUUCAGGGUGAUAUAUGCUAUAAAGCAGUUUUCUAUCACCUAAGUGGUUUUUCUUACCAACAAGAAUUUUUACCCAUCAGCACUACUGUGGCUGAAAAACUUCUCUUCAAAAGUUCAGUGCGCCCUGUGCAGGAGUCAGCCCGGCAUCUGCUUGUACACACAGCUCCUUGCAUAGGUCUGGAGUCAGAUCUGGAACAGUGAAAUUCAGGAAAAAAGUCCUUUCUUAUAGGAGGCUAAUAGGGAUUGAGAAUAGCAUGAGAAGAAAACGCUAAUGAAGGGAAACCUGAACGCGCUGCUGUCAGCAUGUGUUUUCAAUGUGCAGCCUCUGCCUCCGAGUUCUUUGGAGCCUGAAAAGGGGUUUGGGAAAGAGCCCAGUAGGAGGGGCAGGAGGCCAACACCUGACUUGGCCUGGGGCCCGGGAGGCAGGUGUAAGGGAGUGAAAAGAAAGGCUAGCAGGAGGCUGCGAGGGGAGGACCGCAGACUCCCUGCUGCUUCGCAUCCCUCCUGUGGCCUCCACUGCAGGCAGGACGAACCUGGACACCACCUGGAGCUGCUUCCUGAGUUGGCACACUAUCGUGUACACAGCAGUCUUCAGCCCCCUGGAAGGAGGCCAUAGUCGUGUGAGGAUGGCAAAGUCGAACAGGAAGCUUUGAGCACCUUUCUCCACGACGUCAACGAGGAGAUCCAGUGCCAGAUCGAGGUGGAUGGAACACCCAGGGGUAGGGGUGCAGAUGUGGGCAGUGCCGUCCCUUCCCCUCCCUCCCCUGGUCCCACAGACUGUCGCCAUGAGGCUGCAAGCUGGUGCUAAGAUGACAGCAGAUUGCAGCACAGGGCCCUCCCCUUCAGCCCCCAGUGGGACAUCCAAACCACCCUAGGGCCAUUUGUGCAGGCACCACCUCCACUAUUGAUGGGGAAAAUAAACUCAAUAGAACCACCACGGUGGAGAGAAGCAGGGACCAUUGUCUUCCUCAGGAGCCUGACAGCUGGCCCCACAGACCAUGCUUGCUGAUACACACUGGUCCCAGACCCAGGCCUGUCGGACAUCAGUGUGCUAAAAAGGUGUAAGAUGUGGUCACUACUCACCGUGUGUCCUAUCUAGUUGACAUGCGUGGAGUCGGCUAAGGGGUGAAUGUUCAUAUGCUCCCAAUUCACGUUGAAGCCCUAAUCCCCAAAGGGAUGGUAUUAGGGGGUGGGCCUUGGAGAGGUGAUUAGGUUAUGAGGGUGGAGCCCUGAUGAAUGGGAUUAGUGCUUUAUAAGAAGAGACACCAGAGAGACGAUCUCUCUCUCCACCAUGUGAGGACACAGUGAGAAGGCAGCCAUCUGCAGGCCAGGAAGAGAGCCCUCACCAGGAAGUGAAUCUGUUGGCACCUUGAGACUUCCCAGCUUCCAGAACUGUAAGAAACAAAUGUUUGUUGUUUAAGCCUUUCAGGCUAUGGCUUUCUGUUACAGCAGUCUGAACUGAGAGCCCAUGCUGAGUUUUUGAAAUAAAUGUGAAUUCUGAUGUUA